UGACGCUAACGGCGGCGAUUUGGCGUAGAGCGGCGGAAGCGCGGUGCGGCUACUUCCGGUCGGCGGCCAUGGCGGGGGAGGUGAUCGGCAGGACGGCGGCUCUGGCGCUGGAAGAGUUGUAUGUUUCUGAACGAGAGGGCAACGAUUCCACUGGUGAUGGAACGCAGAAGAAACCAUUCAAAACUGUUUUAAAGGCUUUGAUGACAGCAGGAAAGGAACCAUUUCCUACUAUUUAUGUGGAUUCACAGAAGGAAAAUGAGAGAUGGGCCAUUAUUUCCAAGUCACAGAUGAAAAAUGUCAAAAAACUGUGGCACAGGGAACAAAUGAAGAAUGAGGCGAAGGAGAAGAAAGAGGCAGAAGAUCUGUUGAGAAGAGAGAAGAACCUGGAGGAAGCCAAGAAAGUUAUCAUCAAGAACGAUCCCAGUCUUCCAGAACCAAAAUGUGUAAAGAUUGGUGCUCUGGAGGCUUACAGAGGCCAGAGAGUAAAGAUUUUUGGCUGGAUUCACAGAUUACGUAGGCAAGGAAAAAAUUUGAUGUUCAUUGUUUUGAGAGAUGGCACAGGUUUCCUUCAGUGUGUCCUUUCAGAUGCAUUGUGUCAGUGUUACAACGGGCUCCUUCUCUCUACAGAGAGCAGUGUUGCAGUGUAUGGCACACUGAACCUUGUUCCUGAAGGCAAGCAGGCUCCAGGAGGCCACGAGCUGAACUGUGAUUACUGGGAGCUUAUUGGUCUGGCCCCAGCAGGAGGGGCUGACAAUCUCCUCAAUGAGGAUUCAGAGGUUGAUGUGCAGCUUAACAACAGGCAUAUGAUGAUUCGAGGCGAGAAUAUGUCCAAAAUCUUCAAGGUGCGCUCCAUGGUGGUGCAGGCCUUCAGGGAUCAUUUCUUUGCCAAUGGAUAUUAUGAAGUCACACCACCAACAUUAGUUCAGACACAGGUGGAAGGAGGUUCAACUCUGUUCAAGCUGGAUUAUUUUGGUGAAGAGGCCUACUUAACACAGUCAUCUCAGCUCUACCUGGAGACCUGCAUUCCAGCACUAGGAGACGUUUUCUGUAUUGCUCAGUCGUACAGAGCUGAGCAAUCCAGGACACGCAGACACUUGGCAGAAUAUACUCACAUUGAAGCCGAAUGCCCUUUUAUAAGUUUUGAAGACUUGCUGAACCGUUUGGAGAGCUUAGUUUGUGAUGUAGUGGACAGAGUCUUGACAUCACCUGCAUCAGGCUUACUGCUUGACCUCAACCCGAAUUUCAAACCCCCAAAACGUCCGUUCCGACGAAUGAACUAUGCUGAGGCAAUUGAGUGGCUAAAGGAACAUGAUGUGAAGAAGGAUGAUGGUACUUACUAUGAGUUUGGGGAAGAUAUUCCUGAAGCUCCUGAGAGGUUCAUGACAGACACCAUCAAUGAGCCAAUCUUGCUGUGCCGAUUUCCUGCAGAGAUCAAGUCCUUCUACAUGCAGCGCUGUCACGAUGAUUCCCGGCUUACAGAAUCUGUUGAUGUGCUGAUGCCUAAUGUUGGUGAAAUUGUUGGAGGCUCUAUGCGUAUCUGGGACAGUGAGGAGCUACUGGAGGGCUACAAGAGAGAAGGCAUUGAUCCCACACCGUAUUACUGGUACACUGAUCAGAGAAAAUAUGGUACGUGUCCUCAUGGUGGAUAUGGUUUGGGAUUGGAGCGAUUCCUGACCUGGAUUCUGGAUCGGCACCACAUCCGAGAUGUCUGUCUGUACCCUCGCUUUGUCCAGCGCUGCAAACCAUAGCCAUCCUGCUGAUAAACUCCUAAGAAAUCAAGGAACUGAUGCUUGGGAAUGAAUGACACACUCUGCUUAACCUGUCUGAGAACAAGACUUUUGGCACCCUGUUGUUCAUACAUUCACUAAAUUGGCGUGUGAAAAGUAAAAUUAAAAAGUUCUCUUUUUUUGAAGUAAAAUGCUACGAAUAAACUGGAAGAAGGCCUAGGGAAAAAAAAAAGUUAGGUGCAUUUGUCAACAUGGAAACAAAUCUUGGUAAGCUGGCGUUUAAAAAAACAAGAUACGCUUCUGCUUUUAAUUUCUGUGCUUUAUUUAAAAAAAGAACACACAGGGCAUCUAAUUGUUUUUAGACUUCUCUUUUCUCUUGUCUUUUCUUAUUGGAGAAACUGGGGAUCCAAGCUUUUCAAAUUCCUAAAUCCUGACUUCUGAGAAUGAUUUGAAGAAACAUCUAAAUAGGUCAACGAAAUGCUUAAAAAAAAAAAAAAAAAAAAAAAAAAGGGAUAAUUAAGUUACUGCUUUUAAUGGAAAUGUGAGAUUGUUCAGUUGCAAGGUAUGUAGUACUCAGCACUAAAUCCCACUGCAAGAGGCUUCUGUUUUUUCCAAAUUAUUUAUUGGUUAGAAAGGAUAAGGCUCGUUGUGAGGUGUGCUUUCCUACCUUUCCUGUGGGCGCAGUGCUGCGGUGGGACCACACGCACCCAACGUGGGCUGAGUUACAGGAGGAGAGGACAUGUUCUUGGAGAGCUGUCCACGGGCAGUGGAGUAUAUGCAGUGCCUUUGAAAGUAAGGUUAUUUCAUCCACCAGACAGUGAGUUAUUCAAACAAGAAACCGGUAACUUUGAAAUGUAAUUGGAUUUCAGCAUUGUGCACUGUUACUGUCCUCUCCUGAUCAUUGUAAUUCAAGCACUGCUUCCUCACUCAAUGCUAGGGGAUGUUUUCAGUGUAGAACAGUUCCAUGUUUCCCUGCUAGCUCAGUUUACUCUUGUGCUACCGCAUCUUAGCAGAUUCUAGCUGUAACCAAGCUACCAAAUAGAGUUAAUUAAAUAUUUAAUGUGUUGAGUCAUCUGUACGCUUUUUAGCCAUAAAUAAUGUGAAUCCUUGUAGGUGCGUCAUUGGCUAACUGCACCAAGACUUUAUCUGGAUUUGCCAUUCAUGUUGAGCUACGCGAUACCCAUAUUUUUGUAAAAAAAGGCUUUUCUCUUCAUCUUGCAUGCUAUUAUAUAAUCUGGUUUAAAUCAGCAACCAAUAAAUUAUGGCAGCACAAGUUGGUGUGCAGGACAGCA